AUGGCGAGUCUUCCAGGAGGACGACCAGGGACCGUGAAGGCCUGGAUUGAGGAGCGUGGGAUGGGCUUCAUUGCUCCGGCCGAUGGGAGUCCUGAUGUUUUCGUGCAUCGAAGCAAUCUCACCGACGGCAAUGCCUUGGUGAUUGGCUCGGAGGUUUUUUUUGAGCCAGGCUGGGACGACUCCAAAAGCAAGCCCAUCGCAGCAAAAUGCUCUGGAGCCACUACAUUGAAUGGCGGAGCUCUUAUAAGAAGGGCUCCUGGACCUGGACCUCCGCUCGCAAACGGGCAGCCAGGCACUGUGAAAGCCUGGCUGGACGAUCGUGGCAUGGGAUUCAUUUCACCAGCGGAUGGGGGCGCGGAUGUGUUUGUGCACCGGAGUAACUUGAUGGAUGGGAAUUGCCUUUCUGUAGGCGCCCAAGUCAUGUUUGAGGCAGGCUGGGACGAAAGCAAGGCCAAGCCCAUUGCUAAAGCAGUCAGUGGUGCCGCAAUGGCUCCCACCAUGUCAGGAAAGGGCUGCUGGGGUUCUCCGUCGAUCCCCAACGGGCAGCAUGGAGUUGUCAAGGCUUGGAUUGAUGCGAGAGGCAUGGGAUUCAUUACACCAGCCGACGGCAGUGCAGACGUAUUCGUCCACCGGAGCAAUCUGAUAGAUGGCGAUGCGCUGAUCGUUGGAGCUCCGGUCGUCUUCGAAGCUGGUUUCGAUCCGCAAAAGGGCAAGCCCAUAGCGAAGGUGUGUGCAGGCGCCACGCAAGGCGCGGCCAUGGGCUUCGGUGGCCCCGCAGCAGGCAAAGGCGGCCAGGGACAUGCGAACGGUCUCGAGCCGCUGACUGGGGUCAUGAAGGUCUGGUUUGCGGACAAGGGCUUCGGUUUCAUAACACUUGACAAUGGAAUGGGCGAUGCGUUCGUUGGCAGCAGCGCCAUUCCGGCGGGCAUGGUCCCUCAUGACGGUAUGCCUGUUGUCUUCACGGCAUCGUGGAAUCCAGAGAAGCAGAAGUUCACGGCCAUGGAGAUCCUUCCGGAUGCCAAAGGCAAGGGCAAAGGAUCAAGUGGAGCAAGCGCGAGCGGGGAGCUUCCAUGUGACAACUGCUUCGUCACUGGCCUUCCGCUAGACAUGAACGAGGAGAAGCUUCAGAGCCUCUUCGGCACGUAUGGAAACGUGGUCAGCUGCAAGGUGCUCCCAGGCGAGGGCCGACCGGACAGGGCUGCCUUGGUCCGCUUCGCCACCGUCGACGAAGCCGCUUGGGUCGUCGAGAACGUUAGUGGCACACGCCCCCCCGGGCUGGAGACCCCAGUGAGCGUUCGAUAUGCGGCCUCGAAAUCCCAUGGCUCGAGCAGUCCAAUCUUUCAGGGUCCAGGCAAAGGUGGCUGUGGUCUUGGUGGAGGUGGCGAAUAUGGCCGAGUUGUCCCGCCUCCAGUCUCGCAAGUUCAGGCUGCACAAAUCGGCACCGUGAAAGCAGCUAUGGGCAACAGCCUCGUGGUAAUUCCUGCUGAUGGAGGCCCUGAUCUACACGUGCCGAUGAGCGCACUGCUUGAUGGAAACCCCGAGGUGGGCGGCUUGGUGUCCUUCAGCGCUCAGGAGGGCAGAGGUGGCAAGGGUUUCGGAAAAGCACCUGCAGUCCCUGCAGGCAUGAGCCAACGUUACUCGCCAUACGGUGCCACGGCUCCGCCGCAUGGCCAGGCUGGUGGUUUUGCCAAGGCCACUGGCACGGGCACCGUCAAGGCCUGGAUGGAGAACAGAGGGAUGGGCUUCAUUGCUCCGAACGACGGCUCCCAAGACCUUUUCGUGCAUAGAAGUUACCUCGCAGAUGGAGGAGCACUUGUGGUUGGUUCGCCAGUGACAUUCACGGCGGAAUAUGACGUGCAGAAGGGCAAGGCGAUUGCCGUGAAUGUCUUCGGAGCCGUCCCUCAACCCAUGCAGUCGACGUGA